AUGAAGUCAUCCAUCUUCUCCAUCGCGCUGAUCGCUACCGCGAGUGCGCUUCCAGGCCCGGCCUUUAGGACUGUCAACAGACUGCCUAGUAUCAAGUCCAACCCACUUCGCCGCGCCAGCCAGAUCAUCCCCGUAAUUGUCGGCGGUCCCCAGGAUACUUUCAUCCCCAACACCAUCACCGCAGCAGUCGGCGACAUUGUCCAAUUCCAGUUCUCCAACGGCAACCACACCGUCACGCAGUCGACUGCCGAUACAGCAUGCACUCCCAUGGAUGGGGGUGUCCACAGCGGUCACAUCCCCUUCGAAGACGGCCAGACAGAUGUCGGAACCUUCAACAUGCCCGUCACUAGUGCUGACCCCAUGUUCCUGUACUGUGCUACUGGACCGCAUUGCCAGGAGGGUCAGGUCAUGAUGAUCAACCCUGCCAGUACGCAACAGCUGGCCGACUAUGUCAAGUUGAGCCAGCAGAGCGAAUCGAGCACGGAUGGCACUGAUGUUGUGGGUGGAACGGCCGGCAAACUUGCUCUAGAUGCUGCUGCCUUUGUACCUGCACCCCCCGAGGAUCCCGCUGCUGCCCCUCCCGCCCCUCCCGCCGAGGCGCCAGCUGAGGCACCUCCCGCUGAAGAAGCCCCUGCAACGACAUCUGCCGCAGAAGCCCCAGCAGAGACGACAGCCGCUGCCGAAGCACCCGCCGAGGCACCCCCUGCUGAGAUGCCUAUGACUACCGCAGAAGCAGCUCCCGCCGAGACUUCCGCUGCUGCUGCUGCUGCUGCUGCUGCCAUGGCUCAUGCUUGA